AUGAGGCUGGUGGUACCGGAUCUUCAAGAUCUUCGGUGUUGCUCUCUCCCACCUUGCCUCUCGCCCAAGAUCUUUCAACUAGAUCUGGUUUUUCUCUUCCUCGGUUCUUGCGCCGUCGGUCCUUUUCCUUGUGCUUCUAUGGAGUUCGCUUUGUGUGUUGGGUCUUCUCCGGUUCGAUUUGUCCUGUUCUCCCCUGCUGGUGUGUUACAGUCGCUUGCAUCCGACACUACCGUACCCGGAAGAAUCAGAUUGUCUGGCCGGGUUAUGAAGGUUUGGCUUUUGAGUUGCGAGGUAGUUUGUGUGUUUGUCAAGGAGGUUUAUGCUACCGUUGUUUGGCCGAGUGCAUCUCCGGGCCUGACUGGUUUAACCGUUGCGGUUGCGGGUGCGGGAGUUUGCGGAAGCGGGCGGUUGUGA